AUGUCGGGUGCGAAUAGUAUCAAGGUCGUCGCCCGAUUCCGACCUCAAAACAAGAUCGAGUUGGAAUAUGGCGGCAAGCCUGUCGUUUCUUUUCAAGGAGAUGAUACCUGUAUCCUGGAUGGUACAUUUACUUUCGAUCGCGUGUUUGGCAUGACAUCGCAGCAAUCCGACAUCUUCGACUUCUCGAUCCGCUCUACAGUCGAUGACAUCCUCAACGGAUACAAUGGAACGGUUUUCGCUUACGGUCAGACCGGUGCGGGUAAAUCAUACACGAUGAUGGGAACAAGCAUCGACGACGAGGCCAACCGCGGUGUCAUCCCCCGUAUCGUCGACCAAAUCUUCGCCAGCAUCAUGACCAGCCCCUCCACAAUCGAGUAUACCGUACGGGUGAGCUACAUGGAAAUUUACAUGGAGAAAAUCCGCGAUCUCCUCGCCCCGCAGAACGAUAACCUUCCCGUGCACGAGGAGAAGAGCCGUGGUGUAUACGUCAAGGGACUGCUCGAGAUCUACGUUUCCAGUGUUCAGGAGGUCAUGGAGGUUAUGAGGAGAGGAGGGAAUGCGCGAGCCGUCGCCGCCACCAACAUGAACCAGGAAUCGUCGCGUUCACACUCCAUCUUCGUCAUUACCAUCACGCAGAAGCACGUCGAGACGGGAUCGUCCAAGAGCGGCCAGCUGUUCUUGGUCGAUCUUGCAGGUAGCGAAAAGGUUGGCAAGACCGGUGCGAGUGGCCAGACGUUAGAGGAGGCCAAGAAGAUCAACAAGAGUUUGAGUGCUCUCGGCAUGGUCAUCAACGCCCUUACGGACGGAAAAUCCUCUUACGUUCCUUAUCGAGACUCCAAAUUGACACGAAUCCUUCAAGAAUCUCUUGGUGGUAACAGUCGGACGACACUCAUUAUCAACUGUUCCCCCAGCAGCUAUAACGACGUGGAAACUCUAAGUACUCUGCGAUUCGGUAUGAGAGCGAAAGCCAUCAAGAACAAGGCCAAGGUCAACGCCGAACUCAGCCCCGCGGAACUUAAGGCUCUCCUACGGAAGGCACAGACCCAGGUUACCACUUUCCAGAGCUACAUCUCGAAUCUCGAAGGCGAAGUUCAGUUAUGGCGCGCGGGUGAAAGUGUUCCGAAGGACAGGUGGGUGCCUUCGCUAGCUGCCGAUGGCACCGGAGCGACUAAGGCGCCGCCCCGAGAUGCACGGCCGUCUACACCGUCUAGGUUGGCGGCAGAGCCACGAGCGGAGACACCGACCCUAGAACGGUCCUCGACACCAAGCAUUCCGCUAGAGAAGGACGAGCGAGAAGAGUUCCUGCGCCGCGAGAAUGAGCUUCAGGAUCAAUUAGCGGAGAAGGAAACGCAAGCAACUAACGCCGAGAAGCAACUGCGAGAAACCAAGGAGGAGCUGACCAUCUUGAAGGAGCACGAUAGCAAGAUUGGUAAGGAGAAUGAGCGCCUUACUGCGGAUGUCAACGAAUUCAAGAUGCAGCUCGAACGUCUCACCUUCGAGGGUAAGGAAGCCCAGAUUUCCAUGGAUGCCUUGAGGGAGCAGAACGCCGAGCUCACGGGUGAGCUCGACGAGGUCAAGCAGCAGCUUCUCGAUGUUAAGAUGAGCGUCAAGGAGUCCAGCGCCGUCCUUGACGAGAAGGAGAAGAGGAAGGCAGAGAAGAUGGCCAAGAUGAUGGCCGGCUUUGACUUGGGUUCCGACGUUUUCAGCGACAAGGAGAAGUCGAUUGCGGAUGCCAUCAAGCAGCUCGAUAACUUGUUGGAGCACAGCACCGUCGGCGACCCUAUCCCACCCGAGGAGUUCAAGGACCUCCGUCAGCGUCUUGUGGAGACUCAGGGCAUCGUCCGACAGGCCGAGCUAUCGACGUCAUUCAACUCGUCUUCGAGCGCCGCUGAGACCCGUAGGAGGCAGGAGCUCGAGCAGCGCCUGCAGGUACUGCAGACUGAAUAUGAAGAGCUUUUGGAGCGGAACCUUGGUGAGGCCGACGCCGAGGAGAUCAAGGCCCGUCUCGAGACGGCUUACUCCAACAAGCAAGAGCUUCAGACGAAACUUGUCGACGACCUUAAGGCCGAGGUCACUCAGAAGACUGCGGAGAUCGAGCGGAUGAGCACCCUCAUCGACGACCUUCAGAAGCGCGUCGCUUCCGGCGGCGCGGCUGCCAUGGCCAACGGCAAGACCGUCCAGCAGCAGAUGGCCGAGUUCGACGCCAUGAAGAAGAACCUCAUGCGCGACCUGCAAAACCGCUGCGAGCGCGUUGUCGAGCUGGAGAUUUCUCUCGAUGAGACCAGGGAGCAGUACAACAAUGUGCUGCGCUCGUCGAAUAGCCGCGCGCAGCAGAAGAAGAUGGCGUUCCUCGAGAGGAACCUCGAGCAGCUUACGCAGGUGCAGCGCCAGCUUGUUGAGCAGAACUCUGCGCUCAAGAAGGAGGUUGCCAUCGCUGAGAGGAAACUCAUUGCUCGUAACGAGCGUAUUCAGAGUCUCGAGGGUCUGUUGCAAGACAGCCAGGAGAAGAUGGCAGCUGCCAACCAGAGAUUCGAGGUACAACUGGCAGCCGUCAAGGAGAGGCUCGAGGUCGUCAAGGCCGGAAGCACGCGUGGCAUCAACUCACCCACGGGUAUCGGCGGAUUCAGCUUUGCCAACGCGGGCAGCAGAAUCGCCAAGCCCCUCCGCGGAGGAGGCGGCGGUGACGGCCCCACCAACCCUGCCAUUUCGUCUCUGCAGAACGAGGGUUCGACUAACAAGCGAUCCAGCUGGUUCUUCCAGAAGUCUUAG